GCGCCGAGUAGUCGAGCGCCGCGGGAAUGGCGGUGGGAGUGCCGGGGAUAGACCGGGAGUGACCGGGACUGACCGCCCGGACCGACCGGGACGGACCGGGACUGACCGCUGGGCCGGUGAGGAUGGAUGGCCCGGGCCCCUCCCAGCUGCAAAGGACUGUUUGGUAAAAGCUUUCACAUCCAACUAGUGAAAACACAGCAGUUGCGGUUGGACGCGCUAAAACAGGGGUUCCCCCCAAACCAAACCGACCCCAAACCACCAGCAUCGCAAAUACGUCUUGAAAAGUGGCAAUUCUCGGGAGCCAAGGCCCUGGACUUAAACAGCAAUUUUACUUCGAGCAAGAGGAUGGACCGCACAGCCUGGUGAGGCCCUUGCCAGGCGGAUUUUCCAUGAGUGUACGGAGCUGGAGCCCAGACUGUGUGCUCACUCCAGGACCCGCCGUUCGCCCCCUUUCCCUGCUCGCUCUGUGCGUUCCGCGGUGUCGCAGUUGUGACCAGCUCUGCUGGGAGGUGACCGCGGCUUUUCGGGGCACCCCCGAGCUCUGCACAGACCAGCUGCUGUAGUGUUCUUUGGGUACUCAUACAUGCCUAUAAAAUGGAAUAAUCACAUUGCGUCUUUAUGAGAUUUUGUUUCCUCAGGCAGCCCAGAGGCUGGGGAAUGUGAAAUAACAAACGCUUUGCUUUAUUUAAAGCUUCUGGGCGACUAGGGCCGCAGGCUUUACUUACUCCAUGUGGGAUUGCUGCAGGCGUUAGCAGGAGCCCCGAGUGCUGCCCCAGCCUGUCCUCACCUGGUGUUUGUCGUGGCCGGCAGGAGCAAUGUGUGGAUGUGGGGACGGACACACAUCCGCGGAAAUGCUCCCUCCAGCCUGGCAUUCCUCCUGCAUAUCACAGAAAGGGACCAGGCUGCCAAUGGAGGCCACGGGAAUAACUCGGAAGAAAGGAACCAGCGUAGCCGUGUGCAUGGCACAGAAGCGCUCAUGCAGCUCCCGGCCUGGGCGGGCACGUGCUAAAGUCUGGCUGUCUCCGAGGCAGGUUUAGCCCCGCGGAGCUGCAGGCAGCCUGCCGGUGUCCGCACCGGAGAGGCAAUUUCAACAUCCCGGCGUGUCCCGGAGCUCCCCCGGCACGCUCAGCUCAGGGCAGAGCCUGCUCGUACCCGGGCCCACAGGAAUUCUUCCACCGGAGCCCACAGGAAUUCUUCCACCGCGCGGGGGUUGCGGGCUGGGCUUUCCCUGAGAGCAGACUGCUUCUGGUGGCGCUUUUCUUUGAGCUGAUGCACUGAUUGCUCCAGGCCCGGCACUGCUCUGGCACCUUCCUGGCUGGAAUUUUUACACUCGCAGAUCCAGGAGGAACAUCACAGAGCCUUGGUGGUGUCUCACAGCAGUGGGAACGCUGGUAGGAAACUGGGACGAAGCUGCACCACUUACUGAGGAAGAGGAGUCACACGAUCCCCUCACACAUUAAAGACUUGGCUUGAGUUUUUCUUCCACCUUUCAGGUUUAGCAGAGGAGCGGCUGCAGCAGCCUGGAAAUGACCAUGGAGAAGAUCCUGAAGGCAGAGCUGAACACCAACCUCCUGAAGGCGCUGGGGAGCUCUGGGGGAGGAUGCAUCAGCCAAGGCCAAACGUAUGAGACUGACAGAGGACGGGUGUUUGUGAAAAUCAACCACAAACCUCAGGCUAGAAAAAUGUUUGAAGGGGAAAUGGCAAGUUUGGAAGCCAUUCAGAAAACCAAUAUUGUGAGAGUGCCUCAGCCCAUCAAAGUGAUUGACCUGCCUGGAGGAGGAGCCAUGUUUGCCAUGGAGUACCUAAAGAUGAAGCACCUCAACAAAUACUCUUCAAAGCUGGGGGAGCAGAUAGCAGAGCUUCAUCUUCAUAACCAGAAACUUGGAGAGAAGCUGAGGACUGAGGGAAGCACAAUUGGAAAAGGAGCUGGUCACUCUGAGGCCCAGUUUGUGGAUAAGUUUGGAUUCCACACAGCCACUUGCUGUGGUUACAUCCCACAGGUGAAUGAGUGGCAGAGUGACUGGCCGUCCUUCUUCAUCCGUCACCGACUCCAGGCUCAGCUGGAUUUGAUUGAAAAAGAUUAUGGAGACAGAGAAGCCAGAGAACUCUGGUCACAGCUAAAACCAAAGAUUCCUGAAAUGUUCUGUGAUGUGGAGAUUGUUCCUGCUCUCCUGCACGGGGACCUGUGGGCAGGGAAUGUGGCUGAGGACGACUCUGGGCCGAUUAUAUUUGACCCUGCCUGCUUCUAUGGCCAUUCAGAAUUUGAGCUGGCCAUUGCUGGAAUGUUUGGGGGGUUCAGCAGCUCUUUUUUCUCUGCCUAUCACAGUAAAAUACCCAAAGCUCCAGGGUUUGACAAACGGAACAAGUUGUAUCAGCUCUUUAAUUACAUCAACCACUGGAACCAUUUUGGGACAGGGUACAGGGGCUCUACCCUAAACAUGAUGAGGAAACUUCUGAAGUAACCAGCUAAUUUGAGAAAUUCUGACACAGUCCCCUAGGAAUGAGCGGCCCCUGCUCAUCCCAAGUACUACAAACUCAGAAUUGAGGGUAAAACACCUGACAUGGGGAAGGUUUAAUGCACUUUGAGCCUCACUAACUAAGAGCAGCUGUCUAAUCUUUAACUUGGGCACUAGUUUUCCACACAGAUUCCUCCCUGCUGGAGGAAGGGGCUGCACUGUUUGCCAAGGCUCCGCCGGCCUGGAGAGCAGCACGACAGUCAGCCUGCCCUUGCUGUCUCACCUCGGGGCUGCUGUGCUCCCACAGCUGUUCCACAGCAGCAUCUUCCCAGUCCUGCUGCUGCUCCAGCAGCACUUUGUGAUGGAGAGCUGCAGUUGUGGGACAGUGCUGCUGGAAACAACUUCUUGUGUCUGCCCUUGUUAGUUCUGGUUUUGUCUUCUGUCUGUUCCCAGCCCUUUCCCCAUGGAUAUUUCCAUGGUCUUCUGUUUCCCUUUCCUUUCCUUUAUUUUCCCUGUCAAAUGUCCUAAUCCAAAAUUUCAGUCAGAUUCUGUGAAUCUGAAAACAUUCUCUGUUUAAUUUAAUGAGCAGACAAGGCCCUUUGGCUGCAUUUGGCAAACAGAUGUAAUUAAUAAUAUUUCUAAUAUUUAUUUUAAAUUUAAUGUCAUUUACUCACAUUCAUUUUUCCCUUGCUAUAAUAACUGAAAUUCCAGAGGUAUUUUCUAGAAGGAUGUUUAGUUCCUUGGUAAUUAACUGUCCAUUCAGAAGUAGGUUAUUACCACUCAAAGUUGAUAUUAGCAUUUCAUCAUUUUAGUGUGAUAUUUCAGUGUGUUGUACUACAAUAGUAACAUAUUUAAAUAACUUUAUAAAAAGACAGCGAAAUGUGGGAGGGAGCCUCUGUGGCUGGGUGAGAAGAAGCACCUGUGGCUGCUGGGUGGGCUGGUGCUUGAUGUAUUUUCAAUUUUAGAAAACGAGUGCAGUGGGCAAAGCUGGUCUGUUGUGCCACCACUGGGUUAUGGAAGGAGCAGUGUCAAAUCUGAUGGAUUUGUAAGGGGUUUUAUUGUUCCUUACUGCUUUAUUUUUAAAGAAAACACAGGCAGUGGGAAUUUGGGGAGAAAAGUGUUCAGCAAAGAUACUGGUGCACAAUCUGAGCUAGAAUACAUCAGUGACUCUGGGGGGUUUUAAUGGAAGUGGCAAGGAGAGUAAAAGUAAGUGCAGUCCCACAAACAUGAAUUAGAAGAUUUGGGUAAGAAUGACCUGAAUAUUCAGACUUCAGAUGGUUGGCAUGACUAACACUAAAAUAUUAUAUUCAAAGUUGCUCAGAUAUAUUUAGACUUUUCUCAACUUUAAAUGGUUGUGCUAUAAAUAUUUAAUUAAGUUUAAAAUUUGAUGUUGUAAUUGGUUUAAAACAAUGCACUUUGCUCUCUGUAAAUAUGAUACAAAUAGUGAAAAACUUUUGCUUCCUUUGAAUCAGGGGAAUGUUGGUUUUAAGCCACAGUUGGUUGUAAAACUUAACAGAACUAAAGCAGUGGAAAAGUGGAACAGCAGAAUGUGGGAUUGCAGCUGAUGGCUGAAAGAUCUAGGUCUGAGCAAAGUGCAUGUGCACUGGUGUUUGUGGGUGUGAACAAACCAACCUGUGUCACACUGGGAACUGCUUGAGAAUCAAACUUCUUCUCAAAUAAAGCACCUGCCUUGCAGAAA